AUGGCGAAUGCAAGCAACCAACUGACUGAUAUUGAAGUGGCAAUAAAAGCAGAUUCGCCUGCAAUUCCUUCGGAUUAUUCGCAGCUUUUCGAGAAAUUCGAUAUAAAGCACACUGGAGAAAUCAGUCUUCAAGACUUCAAGAAUGCCUUGCACGUAAUUGGGCACCCUAUUGCGAACAACCCAGAGUUAAUUGACCAAGCAUUCAAAUCAUUUGAUUCUAAUAAUGAUCAGAUUAUCGACUUCAACGAUUUCAAACUUUAUUUAACUACCACUGAUGACCAAAUCUUGAAAGGGUUUAACAAGAUUGAUCAGGACAAUGAUGGGAAAUUGAAUCGUAAAGAUUUUGUCAACUACUUGAAACUGACCUUACAUUUAUCACCUACAAAGGACAACAUUGACCUAAUUUUCAAUAAGAUCGAUCUGAAAAAUGAUGGAUAUAUCACUUAUGAUGAAUUCAGAGAGUUUUUGAUCUUGAUGCCUCGAAUAAACGGGUCGAGAAUCAAAACUGCAUUCAACUACAUUGCCGAAGAAUUGGAUAUAUCUUCGGAUGGUGAAGUGACUUUAAUUAAUCUGUUUUUGAAUGGGUUUGGCUUCUUCCUCGCUGGUGGAUUAUCUGGAGUAGUUUCGAGGACAUGUACCGCUCCUUUUGACAGAAUUAAGGUAUUCUUGAUUGCGAGGACAGAUUUGAGCUCUACUAUUUUACAUUCCAAGAGAGAAAUUGCUUCACAUAUUGCAAACGGAGCCCUGAAACACGUAAUUGAAGAAGCAAGGAAGAAAGUGGCAGCCGCAGAGAUGGAGCUAGCUGAGCAGAUAAAGAAAAACCCUCACCAACAUAAUUCCCCCAAGACUAUCAGAUCUCCCAUAAUACAAGCUGCAAGGACCAUUUGGAAACAAGGAGGACUCAAAGCUUUUUACGUUGGGAAUGGACUUAAUGUAUUGAAGGUUUUCCCCGAACUGGCAAUGAAAUUCGGGUCCUUCGAAGCUACUAAGAGAUUUCUUGCCAAGAUCGAGGGUGUAGAAGAUACAUCCAAGCUAUCCAAAGUAUCAACAUAUAUGGCUGGUGGAAUAGGUGGUAUUUGUGGUCAAUUUAUGGUAUACCCCAUAGAUACAUUGAAAUUUAGGUUACAGUGCUCCAACUUGGAUUCAAAACUAAAGGGUAAUGAACUUUUGCUAACCACUGCAAAAGAAAUGUUUAAGGAGGGUGGUUUAAAAAUAUUUUAUAGAGGGAUAAUAGUAGGUGUUAGCGGUAUAUUUCCUUACGCAGCAUUGGACUUAGGUACGUUCACAACCAUCAAGAACUACCUUAUCAAGAGGGAAGCCAAGUUAACUAAUACUAGAAUCGAGGAGGUGAAGUUACCCAACUGGAUGGUGUUAUCUUUAGGUGCUAUGUCUGGAACUUUCGGUGCCACUGUGGUUUAUCCAGUAAAUUUGUUGAGAACUAGAUUACAAGCACAGGGAACUUAUGCACAUCCAUACACAUACACUGGGUUCAACGAUGUGUUGAAGAAGACAAUUGCAAGAGAGGGAUACCCUGGCUUAUUUAAAGGAUUGGUUCCAAAUAUUGCUAAAGUGGCACCGGCUGUUUCAAUAAGUUACUUCAUGUAUGAGAAUUUGAAAUAUUUAUUUGCAUUAGACAAUAGUUUGAAAUAG